CUGUUAUUCCUAUGCUGCGAUAACGAUAACAGCAAAGUGUCAUCGCGAAUAAAUGUGGGUUUGAUAAUAAAGAAUUGCGUUGGUGAACAAUAAUAAUACAAAUGCUAAAUGUAUCGCGCGGAUAACUAGUAAACACUGAUUUCGCGCAUAUCGGGCAUACGGGCAGCUAGACGUCUUAGCGCCAGCACAGUGAGCCAAUUAUGAAUUCACAAUUCCACAUCCAAUUCCGAUUCCGAAUUCCAUCGCUUUACAUCCUAAUUCGAAUACGUCGCGCCGCGUAAGCUGCACUCGAAUAUUGACAUAAACGACGUAAUUGCGUGUUUUGAUUGCGAUUUCCGAUGCUCGAUGUUGACAGACGGCAAGGAUUUUUUUUGCCAGCCGACAUUGCGAAUGCUUUUCGCGUGUUUGCGUUGUGAAAAGCGAUUUGUUGUUCCGGCAGUUGGAAAUGUUUUGUGCUGUUUAUGCUUAGAAAAGCAAAUGUAUUGCACAAAACUCGUGUUUCCUACAUUAGUAAAGCCUAUAACUUAGGAACUAAGAUUGGAAAUCAUGGCAUCAAUAUCGGAUGACGGCAUGGCGCUGAGUGGCUACCUCAAGAAGCUGAAGACCAUGAAGAAGAAGUUCUUUGUGCUGUACGAGGAGACGAGCACUUCGGCAGCCCGGCUGGAGUACUACGAUACCGAAAAGAAGUUCCUGCAAAGAGCCGAGCCAAAAAGGGUUAUAUAUCUGAAGAAUUGCUUCAACAUCAAUCGCCGUUUGGACACCAAGCAUAGAUUUGUCAUUGUGCUCUCCUCCAGAGACGGUGGAUUCGGCAUCGUUCUCGAGAACGAAAAUGAUUUACGCAAAUGGUUGGACAAACUACUAGUUCUACAAAGGAACAUAGCCAAUUCGAAUGGAACAGCGCACUCACCUUAUGACCACGUUUGGCAAGUUGUCAUUCAAAAGAAGGGUAUUUCGGAGAAAGUUGGAAUCACCGGAACCUACCACUGUUGCCUUACUUCAAAAUCCCUGACAUUCGUGUGCAUUGGACCGGAGAAGACGCCCAAUGGCGAGGAUCGCGUUGCGAGCAUUGAAAUACUUUUGACCACGAUCAGGCGAUGCGGUCAUGCAUCCCCACAAUGUAUAUUCUACGUGGAACUUGGCCGCCAAAGUGUCUUGGGAUCUGGUGAUCUGUGGAUGGAGACGGAUAACGCAGCUAUUGCUACUAAUAUGCACAACACGAUACUGAGCGCUAUGUCAGCCAAAACAGAGUCGAACACGAAUUUAAUAAACGUUUAUCAGAAUAGACCUGACUUAAGUCACGAGCCCAUGAGAAAGCGAUCGUCGUCUGCAAACGAAGCAUCGAAGCCGAUAAACGUAAAUGUCAUACAAAAUAGUCAAAACUCUCUCGAAUUGCGCAGCUGCAGUUCGCCCCAUAACUAUGGUUUCGGCAGAGAGAGAUGCGAUAGCUUACCAACCAGAAAUGGAACCCUAAGCGAGUCCAGCAAUCAAACGUACUUUGGUUCCAACCAUGGACUGCGAUCCAAUACUAUAUCUGGCAUCCGUCCGCACUCAACCAACAAGCAUAGUAAUAGUCCAACGUUCACCAUGCCAUUAAGAUGCUCAGAAUCCGAAGAGUCAUCAAUUAGUGUCGAUGAAUCCGACGACAACGGCAGUUUUAGCCACUACAGAUUAAACACGCGGUCAUCGGAGACGGCAAUUCCUGAGGAAAACAUUGAUGACUUUGCCAGUGCGGAAUUAUUUAGCAAAGUCACCGAACAAAAUGUAAGUGACGAAAACUACAUACCGAUGAAUCCAGUCAAUCCUACCGAUGCUAUCCAUGAAAAGGAGAAGGCUGAUAUGCAGAGAUUGGAAGAUGCUUCGCUGCAUUUCAACUUUCCGGAGCACGCGUCGGAAAAGCUUGCUAAGGAUUUUGAUCUGGACUCUGAUAACCAAUGCUGUCGUCCCAUUCGCGCCUAUUCGAUAGGCAACAAGGUUGAGCAUUUAAAGUUUAAUAAGCGCCUGGGACACUUGAAUGAUACGGGACAGAAUCCGAAUCGCGUGCGAGCCUACUCGGUUGGCUCCAAAUCGAAGAUACCGCGCUGCGACCUGCAGCGAGUGGUCCUCGUGGAGGACAAUAAACAUGAGUUCACAGCGAAUAGGAGUCAGAGUAGCAUUACCAAGGAAGGAACCAGCUAUGGCAGCAGUGCCAAUCGACAAAAGAAGUCCACAAGUGCUCCACUCCUCAGUCUGAAGAACCAGAUAAACUCCGACCGAAUGAGUGACUUAAUGGAAAUUGAUUUUUCACAAGCAACCAAUUUGGAAAAGCAGAAGUUCAUCAAGAAUAAUGAAAUUCCGAAAUACAUUGAAAACGUGUUCCCAAAAGCCCCGCGAACGGAUAGCUCCAGCCUAACUCUGCACGCCACAAGUCAAAAGGACAUUUUCAAUGGCACCAAACUAAAUAACACUGCGAUCACAUCCGAGGAUGGUUACCUCGAGAUGAAGCCAGUCGGUAAUGGAUACACUCCCAGUUCGAAUUGCCUGCCAAUGAAAGUGGAGAAACUCAAGCUAUCCGACUAUCAGACAGCACCGCCACUCACCGCAACAGCCGCACCAGUGCACGAUUUAAACAAAAUUAGCACAUACAAUAUAUCCGCUGAGAAAUGGAGAGAACAGCCCAGCAGAAGCGAGGAAAAGAAGUCGAACUCGCCAUUGAAUGACAACACCUUUAGCUCGAAACCCACAAAUGUCGAGAGUACAAGCAAAAGCCAUGAUGUUCAUUCAGCAAAUCAAAUUGAUUGCGAGAAAGUGUGCGCGCAGAGCAGCGAUAAGCUAAAUAAUCAUCUGGCCGACAAGAUUGUCGAGAACAACAAUUUGGAUAUAGGCGGGCAUGAGGAAAAGAAGUUGGUUCAUUCGAUAAGCAGCGAAGACUACACACAAAUCAAGGACAAAUCGAAUGAUUUCACAAAAUUUAACGAAGCCGGCUACAAAAUUCUGCAAAUUAAAAGCGACAGCUCACUCAUCUCAUCGAAGCUAUACCAAAAGGGUAUACACAAGGAUAACUUGGAGCGUUCGCAGAGACUUACAGAGAGUGUGAAUACGAUUCCCGAUAAUGCCACCGCCACCGCGGUGAGCAGCAGCUCACUCACCAAAUUCAAUAUAAAUUCAGCAAAGCCAGCCGCCGCCGCCGAUUCGCGUAGCACUGGCACAGAUCCAAGUACACCACAGAACAUUCUACAGAUUAAAGAUUUGAAUUUCCCCUCAAGGUCGUCGUCUCGCAUAUCCCAGCCGGAGCUGCACUACGCCAGCCUAGAUCUUCCCCAUUGCAGUGGCCAAAAUCCAGCUAAAUACCUGAAGAGAGGAUCACGCGAAUCGCCGCCGGUGUCCGCAUGCCCGGAGGAUGGGAAUACCUAUGCGAAAAUCGACUUUGACCAAUCCGACUCCUCUUCCUCCUCAUCGAACAUAUUUAAUACGUAAAGUUUUGAAAUUUAUGACCCUAUCCUAUAUAUAUGAUUUGUUUAAUAUUGUACAUUUAUUGUAAAUAUUCUGACAAGCAAAGCUUACAAUUUUGGAUGCUAAUAAAUAAAUUUUAUUUAAAUUAU